AUGAUGCCCACCCACCAGGCUCCUCCUCCCCAACGCCCAGGCCCUUAUCAGGAAGCAAUUUGGGUUGGUGGGGAAGGGAAGUCCAAGGCCCCGGGCAAGGUGGGGAGGAGAGAUAGGGAAGUGGGGAGGGGGUCACGGGCUCCUGCUGGGAGGCCCAGAGCCAGCACCAUCCUUGCUGCAGGCAAGACGCCUGCACCUUUAAUUAGCAAGCGGCAGCCUCUCCCCGAUUCAUCACAGUCACUGUUUAAUUAG